GACAAUAUACGGCGUAAUUUUAAAGUAUUGCGUUGCCUUUAAGCUGUACUUUAGCAGUAAACUCUCAUAUAAAGAAAGGUCCGUUCAGCAGGUUUUUUGAAUGCAAAGUAAUUGGUUAUGACUAUCAAAUCUGUAUGUGGUUUUGAAUUUUCUCUACACACUACCUUCUUCUACUUGGACAGCCUUCAGUUAAACGUAAAAAUGGAAUAAAUGCGGUAAUACCACAGCAGCAUGGCUAAAUUUUAAAGUGCCCAACCAGGAACCCUUCGAUUACGGUUUUCCAAACUACCAAAAACUCAGGAAAGUUCAAGGAAGCCGCAAAAACGUGUGGCCGCAGCCUUUCUUAAGGAAGCCCUUCAAUUGGACGGUUUUCGUGAUCUAGUGAUGAAGUUGUUACUUCGACAACCAUAAGCCACUCAGGUGACAUUACCCACAUAGCGCUGCUUUUGAGGUAAACUUGAAGUGGUCAGCCAUCCUACAUUAUCACGGUAUCAUAUCUACUUUGCCCUAUAAAUUGUGUUCAGGUCUAGAUGGAAUGGAUCCAGAGGUUCGGAUAGCCUAUCCUAGCUCUUAGUUUCUACACUUUUGUAGUUUCCUAUCUUCAGUUAGCACGGUGAAUAUAUAGUUAUGUAAUUUUUGGUCUUUAGAUUGUUACAUUGUCAGAGAUCGUAAGUGAAUUGAUUCAAACCAGGUUACAAUGGCUUAUUUAUUCACUGUCUCAGUAAAAUCCUGACCAAUAUACUACUAUUCAUCUUUCUACUAUCCUUCAUGUUCACGUAAAUGUCUUACUUUACCUGUACGUAUACUUAUAUGGUGUUUGGAAGUGUGAUAUCUUACGUGGCCAAUGUAUUUCUUGAAAUGUUGUGCGUAGCAUCCGUCAGGUCUCAAUAGAGGGUCCAGUAAUCCAUUUAUAUUUUGGUUUGCAUAGUAUCCUACAAAUGUUCUGGUUCACAUCUUAUCCUAGUUUCGCUUUCUCAUGAUAUUAAUCGUUUGACUACUUUAUUUCAUACAGUAAACUGAAACGUUUCAAACCUCAGGCAGGAGGUGGACUGCCAUCCUAAAGCUGUGAUGUAAGUUAUGACAAUAGUCAUGAAACGAAACAAUCACACUUAGAAGCAACACGAGUCAAAGAGAAACAAACUCAACACAAACUAAAAGGAGUAAAUAAAUAAUAAAAGACGCAGGACGCUAAUGAUCUAUGUAGAUACUGUUUAAGCGAUUGUUCAAAUCUGUGUGGUCUGUAGUCACAUGUUUCAUAAGUCCCACAGACAAAAAACAAAGACUUCGAUUUCGGCAGUUCUUGAGCUAAUAAUAAGAAAAUUCAUCGCUUAGAGCUAUGUAUAGGUUUGCAACCCCAAAGUUUCUUGUGAAUUGUUCGUAGUUCCACUAGAAUUAUAGGAUGCAGUUGACACUGGUCGUAUGAACUUUGUCACCUGACCAUUUCAGUGACUGAUGGUUUUCAGCCUUUUUAACUCAUUACUGCUUCGCUACUAUCUUGCUUACUACUUUUUGCUAGUUCCCGAUGAUAAAACGAUUUUCAUCGUUUCCUCCUUUUGAUCUGUCUAAACUGUAUGAUGUGACGUAGCUAUUUAAACAAAUAAGCAGUUAUGCCAGAAUGUGUAGAGCUCAUCAUACAUCUUCAUACGAUAGAUGUCGAUUUUUAAGCUGCUUGUUCAGCUACUCUUACAUACGAGCAGUUUUAAUUAGACACUUCGCUCACCUGUGGUUUUCUCGUGUCAUCCAUAUGCAAGAUUUUUAUGUCAGCUGUCGAAAAAAAGGUAGCCUGGAUAUAUCAUGCACUUCGCUGGGAGCUUCAUAGGCCUUUAUAUGCGACUUCAACACUAUAUGGAGGAUACAGCGAAAUAUGCUGAGUAAUAGCAUACAAACGGCGACUGGAAAUAGUUGACGCAAAACCCCGCACACAAGUGCAUCGAUUCAAGCUGCCACACUUGACAGUAGUACACAACAGCAAGUGGAUUCAAUUAAAUUUUUAACGCACUGAACUACGUUGUGCACAUCCGUACAGCAGGCAAUGAGCCACACCUACUGUUUGAGGAUUAUUGAUUGUACCUGACUACCCAAACCUCGGUAAGUGGAGCAGGGCUGGAACCUAUGACCAAUAGUUAACAGCCAUCUCCGUAAAGCUUCUAAUCUAAUCCAGCCUCCCCUAGCGUGGCACGUAAAGGUAGGUUGUGGCUCGGCAUGCUCAGUACAUGUCCCAGCUAUCUCAGUAGACUAAGGUUCACAAGCUCAUCAACCGACUAGCCUGUCUUGCCGAGUACCCUUCUGAACUCAAGAUUGCACACACGGUGAUUCCACCAAAUGUGACGGAAACCCGGUAAUCGCCUCUUGUCUUCUACUUUUAAUGGCCACGUCUCACAGCCGUAUAACAGGACAGAACGAACUGCAGCGCAGUAUACUUCUUUGAUAAGUAGUCAGAUAUCUCACCAGUUGGUUCCACAAGCGAUGCAAGUUGGCAAAUGCCAAUCGGACUUUCUCUAUCCGAUCUGAGAUUUCAUCAGCAUCCAGUUCGUUCGGGCUGAUGCAACUCCCUAGGUAAGUAAAGUGGUUGAUACAUUCCACUACAACACUCCCUAUGAUUAAACUGGAAUUACUUGCAGCAGACCAGUGCUGGAGCAUCAUCUCACAUUUGAUAGGUGCCAACAAAAGGCAUGCCAAACGUACUCAGAUUUCCUCUUAACUCAUUCAGAACACCCUAUAUUUUCUCAGCAUCUUCAUCUAGCAAGACAAUAUUGUCUGCAUACUCGAAGUCAACCAGAUGACCUCCAGAAAGUAGGUCAAUGCCUGUGAAUUUAGACGUACCUGAGGUUAUUUCCAUUCUAUGAAGAAGUUAAAUAGGAACGGUUACAGUGGACGUCGCUGCGAAAACCACUAGUUGUCGUCAAUUCACAUGACAACUUCCAUGAACACUAGUACACAGUUGCACGAGAUCGAGUAGAGAGCUUUGAUUAAGUCAUGUACUUGUUCGGUACUUCUUUCACAGCCAUACUACCACAACACCUGACAUGCUGCCUUCAGGUCAAGAAAUAUGACAGUUGUUAGCCCCUGGCAGGUAUUUCUGUGUUCUCUUCUACCUGAAACUUAAGCUCGACUUUUACUUCACUGACACCAUGAAACGCGGUUUAUACUAUAAAGGCAAUGGUGAUCCAACACUUCAAGACUUCUUAUUUACUCUACCUCUAACCGUCAUGUUUCAUAGCCAUAUAGUGGAAGAUAGCAAACUGCUGCGGGUGACGGAAUAGUAACUGGAGGCCAGUUGAACUCUUCCACUCAUCACCGUCUGUCCAUUGUUCCUACCAUCUCCGUCGCAAGUAAAUCAUUGAUGCAUCUUUCGCUCCUAUAGUUUCGCUAACCUUUCUGCCUGAGUCUUCUUGAUCAGUCUAAAUGAAUGCUACUGCUACCUAUCAUCAUUAACUCAUAGUCAGUCCACAUUUCAGUCACUUCCACUUAUUGUCAAGUCCUUGAGGUAACUCUGAUUAUUCGGACGGUAUUAUGACCGACUGUCGGUUUCUAGUCGUUUUCUGUUAGUCAUUUGUAUCUUCACUGAAAUUGUUGCGAUAGAGUGAAUAUGCUACCAGGCUUGCGCAGUAUAAACCGAAUGUUCUUUUACCAUAAAUGUCUCAAGGUUGAAAAUUUGCACUAACCUUUGUCCUCAGAUUGUUGGUUCUGUCACACUUCUGUAUCUUCUUUUGUAUUACUCUUUUUCUGUCCACCUGUUCUUUGUGUACUACUGCGAAUUGUGGCAACUUAAGCCGGUACACGCGUGAUCGGAGUCCUAACUGACACUUCAGAAAAAGCGUCUAUCCUCCACCCAUUUUCUCUAACAAUGGCUUAUAGCAGUAUGAUCUAUGUCCAUAGUUGGUUUGAUGGUCGGUAGGCGCAUUGUGAGAGUAACUCCUUAUGACCAAAGUUAGUUCCAACCAAAAACAAGUGAUUGUCGGAGGAGAGGGAGGGAGGAUAAGUUAUGUAUGAUUGGGUCUUGUGUGCUACUGGGAGCGUGCAGGUGAUUGGUACUUCCCGGGUAUGCACACUGUGAAAGACUAUUUCUUCUUAAGGUGCCUGAAAGCGAAAACGAUUUGUGUGACCGUGGAGCCCACGGGACAUCUGCUUGAGGCCUGUCGCAUACGGCUUUUUUGGGUUGUUGCUUUGAGGUUUAUUUGUCCUUACGCCGGCUGGAGUGGACCUAUGUCGCCGUCAUUGAAAGACCCUGGGGCAGGGUGAGAUGUUAUUUUGGGGCCGACCUUUUCUAGCCCCCUCCCUUUCAUUUAGUAAGCAGUAUCAAAGUGGCACCGCUGUUCAUCCAAGGGAAACUCCUCACUGCCGUAACACCAUCCAGCCAGCAACAGUACGACUUCGCCCUCACACCCAUAUCGUGGUAACCACUUUCCAUCUUAUCACUAUCUAACAUACAUUUCUGACAUAGUAGGACCUCGAAAGAACAAGUGUUCAACUAGAAUAGCUGUUUGGAUCAUUGUGAUAUGCAAGCCAGACCAUCACCUCAUCACCGAUCGGCAUAGUGACACGCAGACCAAGUUUCGAACUACACGAGUUACAACCCGACGUCUCAUAAGGAGAGUUGUGUACAAGCGCUAUUCACGGGUGCCAAGAUUGAAUAGAGUAGUCAAUAGCUGCGAAAUUCAGAAGAAAACCACCUUUUGCAAAGUGUUCAGAACCGAUGACUAACCAAUCAAAUUCAUCAGAAAAUGCCUAUCAACAGAACAAAUAUUGCGACAAUUACCUCAAUCUACUGAACGAAUCAGUUUACUAUGCUUCAGAAGUAUCUCCAUCCAUCCAGAUCAACCUAGGACCAGGCAUUACUGCGUAACGGUCCGAGUUGCCACACCUCAUAUCAGUACAUCACAUAAAAAGGCAGUGAGAUGGAAAAUGAAGAUAAGAAAAUUCAGUCAAAAGAAAUAUAAAGUACGAGAAGAAAGGAAAGAGGAGUGACAAAAUGAUUCUCCCUAAAUGUCUCUGACUGGACCUCAACUUCUUCCCUUAGAACUGGUAGAUAAAUGCAUAGGUUCUAGAAUUCAUAUAAUUAUGAAAAAUGAUAAAGAAAUGGUGGGUACUUUGCUGGGAUUCGAUGGUUAUGUAAACAUGGUCUUGAUUGAUGUUACUGAAUUUGAAUUCACAGCCCAAGGCAAACGUAUCACAAAACUGUCACACAUUUUACUAAAUGGCAGCAAUAUUGCUAUGAUGGUACCCGGUGGAGAAGGACCUGAAAUAUAAUUUGUUUAUAAACUGUACAAUCUCAGUGUAUAUAAUAUACAUCUAACAAUAAAGUUUUCAU